AUGACCGACUCAAGUUCUUUAACUCCUACUUCUCACGAUGAUGAUAGUUUCAAUAUUUUAUCAAAUGUUGAUACUAUUGAAGAAUCAAAUGAAAAUAUGUCUCAUGUAACAUCUCCUUCUAUUCAACGACAUGAUGACAAAAUUGAUAUUAAUCAAGAAAAUGUUGUUAUGUCAGAAUUCUCAUUCUUUUAUAGACCAUGCAACGAUUUUCAAAUUUAUCAUGUCGUCUGUAAAGAAAAAACUUCUGACGAAAUUGUAUCUCGAUUAUUAUUAAAUAAUUGCUUAUAUUCAUCUCAUUAUCUUUUUUCAAAUGAUCUUUUUGUGUUCUAUUUUCAACAACCGAAUGAUAAAAGAAUUUACCAAAUAGCCUGCGAAAUGCAAGAUGAGCAUCGACAGCAACAACAACAACAACGACACCAGGAAUUUUCCGAUAGACACAAAGAAAAUUUGGAGUUUCAUUUGAAACAGUUUCUUUUUGAUUAUUUGACUCCAAAAGAAGAUAAUUUUAUUGAUGAAAAUAAUUUGUGA